AUGUGUUGCGAACACGAGGAAGAAGAGACUCACAAGAGUGUCGAUCCAAAGGGCCACAAGAGAAACCUAAGCAAUGGCUCAGCCAAUGAUUCUCCAGUGAGACGAUCAAAAAGGCAAAGAUCAAGCACCAAUCUCAAAGAGCUUUCCUCAGACGACUCCGAGGCAGACGAGGAGACCAAGCCGCCUGCAAAGUCUAAGCAGACGAAAGAAACACGGGCUAAAACUUCAACCAAGAAGGCAGUUUCUGACGUCAAGACUGUUUGUCGCGAGCCUGAGUCCGCUGACAUCAAAGCGGAAGAGCCUGAUAUCUCAGCUCCUACCCAGAAGGCUAAACCAACUGCUAAAAGGGGAAAGAAGAGCAAAGAGGAAAAAGAGGCGGAAGUUAUGCCUUUAGCACCGCGUACAAAGGGCUUAAAGAUGCUUGUUGGUGCUCAUGUUAGUGCUGCCAAGGGUGUCUUCAAUGCGAUUCAUAACAGCGAGCAUAUCGGAGGGAAUGCAUUCGCAUUAUUUCUGAAGUCUCAGAGAAAGUGGGACAACCCAGCUCUGUUAGAUGAACACCGCGAUAAGUUCCGCAAACUAUGUGCCGAAAAGGGCUACGACGCAGGCGCACACAUCCUUCCACACGGCUCAUACCUUGUCAACCUUGCCCAGAAUGACAAAGCAAAAUCCAAACAGGCCUACGACUCUUUCCUCGACGACCUCCGUCGUUGCGAGGCUCUCGGCAUAAAGCUCUACAACUUCCACCCCGGAAGCGCAAACCAGACCCCACUCCCAGAAGCUCUAUCCCGUCUAGCAAGCACACUAACCCAAGCCAUAAAGGAGACGUCAACCGUCAUCCCAGUCCUUGAAACAAUGUGUGGCCACGGAAACACAAUCGGCGGCGCACUCUCCGAAUUCAAGGAUCUUCUCGCCCUAAUCCCGGAAAAGCACCACUCCCGUAUUGGUAUCUGUAUCGACACAUGCCACAGUUUCGCGGCAGGAUACGACCUCGCUUCGCCGGAGGGGUUCAAGGCCUUCCUCGAUGAAUUCGAGGAAUUAAUCGGAAUCCGAUUCCUCAAGGCACUGCAUCUCAAUGACUCCAAGGCUCCAUUUGGUAGUAAGCGAGACUUGCACGCUAAUAUCGGUACUGGGUUCUUGGGUCUUCGCGCCUUUCAUAAUGUCAUGAAUGAACCACGGUUUGAAGGAUUGCCUAUGGUUCUGGAAACACCUAUUGAUCGGGUAGAAGGGGAGGGAGAAGAUGAAAGUGAUGGUGAAGGCGGAGCUAAGAAGAAGGGGAAGAAGGGAGCCAAACGGCCUGUUGGGGCGUCGGCACCUACUGUUCCUGAUCCGGGUGUUUGGGCGAGAGAGAUCAAGUUGCUAGAGUCGUUGAUUGGGAUGGAUGUUGAGGGGGAGGAGUUCAAGAUGCUCGAAGCGAAGCUUUCGGAGGAGGGGCGGGAGACGCGGGUGAAGCAGCAGGAGCAGUAUGAUAAGAAGGUUGAGACGGAGAAGAAAAAGGAGGCUAAGGAGAAAGCUAAGGGGCAGAAGAGUCUUGUGGAUAUGAUGAAGGGUAAGAAAUAA